CCCAUACGUCAGAGGUUUUGGCAGCCCGUGGGUGAACUAUUUUCUUCUUUGUUGACCUUUCCUAAAUCUUAGGUGUAAUUAAUUCAUUAUUUUACUUGCUCAAGCUGUAGCUUUAUUUUCAAAUACAUAUUACUUCGUCAAAGACUCUAAUAUGGACUCUGAAGAUGACACAAAGGAUGAUGUGGAUUCUGGGAAUGAGUCCAGUGGAGACGAUGUCGACUUUGCAAUGGACGUUGAAACACACAGUACAAGGGAACGACAAACGGAACUCGAGGAAUAUCCAUACGAGGUGUUAUCAACGGAAGAAAUCGUGCAGCAUAUGGUGGAUUGUAUCAAAGAUGUGAAUACUGUUGUGGAGAUACCGGCAACAACAACUCGAAUACUAUUAAAUCAUUUCAAAUGGGAUAAAGAAAAGCUAAUGGAAAGAUUCUAUGAUGGGGACCAAGAUCAAUUGUUUUCAGAAGCUAGGGUCAUUAAUCCAUUUAGAAAACCUGUCAUACAAAGACCGAAGCUACCUAGACGGAUAUCAACAUCAGGGACAGAGGAAUGCGAAAUAUGUUUUUCCGUGCUACCAUUAACGAUGAUGACUGGGCUAGAAUGUGGGCACAGAUUUUGCACGCAGUGUUGGUGUGAAUAUUUAACAACAAAAAUAAUGGAAGAAGGCUUAGGUCAAACAAUAGCAUGCGCAGCGCAUGAAUGCGACAUCUUGGUGGAUGAUGCGACUGUGAUGCGAUUAGUACGAGAUCCCAGGGUCAAACUUAAGUACCAGCAUAUUAUCACAAACAGCUUUGUUGAGUGUAACCGACUGCUGCGUUGGUGUCCGUCGCCGGACUGCAGUAACGCCAUCAAGGUGGCGUACGUGGAGGCGGCGCCGGUCACGUGUCGCUGCGGGCACACCUUCUGCUUCUCGUGCGGUGAGAACUGGCACGAUCCGGUGCGUUGUAGCCUCCUCCGCAAGUGGAUCAAGAAAUGCGACGAUGAUUCUGAAACAUCCAACUGGAUAGCUGCUAACACUAAGGAGUGUCCGAAAUGUAACGUGACCAUAGAGAAGGAUGGCGGGUGCAACCAUAUGGUGUGUAAAAACCAAAACUGUAAGGCUGACUUCUGUUGGGUGUGCCUCGGACCUUGGGAGCCGCAUGGUAGCAGUUGGUACAAUUGCAACAGAUACGAUGAGGACGAGGCGAAGGCGGCUCGUGACGCUCAGGAGCGGUCUCGGGCGGCGCUACAGCGCUAUCUGUUCUACUGCAACCGGUACAUGAACCACAUGCAGUCGCUUCGCUUCGAGUCCAAGCUCUACGCCUCCGUCAAGGAGAAGAUGGAGGAGAUGCAGCAGCACAACAUGAGCUGGAUCGAGGUUCAAUUCUUGAAGAAGGCCGUCGAUAUUCUAUGUCAGUGCAGGCAGACAUUAAUGUACACUUACGUGUUCGCUUAUUACCUUCGCAAGAACAACCAGUCGGUGAUCUUCGAGGACAAUCAGCGUGACCUGGAGUCCGCAACUGAAACGCUCUCUGAAUAUCUCGAACGUGAUAUUACCAGCGAAAACCUGGCUGAUAUCAAACAGAAAGUACAGGACAAAUACAGAUAUUGCGACAGCCGGCGUAAGGUGUUGCUCGAGCACGUGCAUGAGGGUUAUGAGAAGGACUGCUGGGAUUACACAGAGUAAACUACCUCUAUGCUGGCUUUUAACAGCCACCUAACAUACACUUCGCACCACAAAUUCACGCCACGCGUCACGAGUUGGCAAUACCUCGAUGGCUCUUAUCGUUAAGGCUCAAAAGAGCUAGAACUCAGAGCCGAAAUGUUUCACAAAAAAUCCUCAUUCUCACGUCCCCUGCUCGUUUUCUAUUUCAUACGUUCUUAAUACAAAAACUGAUAGUGUACAGUUAGUUUGCUAAAUAAUAAAAUUGAGGGACAAGCGGGCCUAAGUCUCAAAGCGACAAUUGGGUAUUUCUACUGCUGCUCGAUAAUGCUGAUAGUUCUACAUUUACGGUCAUUUGUCACAACUUAUUGGUGUAGCAAUACGAAUUAUGUAUUAUAUUAUCAUUCAUCUCUUCAGGAUCUUCAGUGAACUGAAUAUACAGAUCGGUUUCUCUUUUAUGAGGUUCGGUUGUCACAUGUUUACCAUAAGUGUAAAAUAUGUUACUGAGAGAAAUAAAAAAAUAAACUUGGUGACUGCUGCCUUAAUGUAUGACAAAUGACAAUUAGUAAAAAGUAAAUCGAAAGGAAUUAAUCGAUGCAAUUAUACACAUAAAAAUAUUAAGGAAUUGAAUAUGUAUUUUGUUUGUGCUUGAUUUAUGUUUUUUGUUUUCUUUACACGCGUUUCUGUAAUGAGUGCCCUCAUCUAUACCCAAUCAUAUUGCAAAUAUAAUUUACAAGUGUAAGAUCUCAGAUAAAAAAGAAUAUAUUUUUAAACGAAGAUAUAUCAAAUACAAUAUAUCAUUAUUAUUUUUAAUAUUAUAAUUAAGUAAUUAAAAUCAUCUUUUCUCAUGGUUGAUACUAACAGAUUUCAUAGAGCAAGUCUUUGAAAUUAAAACCACAGCUUGUUGCGUUUUCCUGAGAAGUUGUGUUCAUUUGUAUCCUAUAACUCCAUUUAGACGAGAGAUGUAAAAACAUAGAAUAAGUAAAUGACUAUUUACCUGAAUACGGCUUAAGAAGAAUUUUCAAAUCAUAAU